AUGGAGAAAGUUAUUCGUGAGAUUGGUGGUUCCAGAGGCACAGGACUUAAAUACAAAGACGACGAUGGAUAUACUUACUGGAAAAAUCGACAAUGUCGAAUGCACUUAACUAUUCGUUGUGCAUCCUGGAGAGCUGUUUGUCGUGCAAAAGGCAAAGUUUUUAAUAGCGACACUUCGAAAGUUUUGCUGCUGACAGGCCAUGAAACUCAUCCAGAAAACCAAUUGGCAUUAAAUAGGUUCAAAAAUAUUUGUAAUCAACGGGCACAGGCUGAACAAAUAUCACUUCGGGUCAUUUAUAACGAAACAUGCGGUAUGGCAGAUUUUGUAAAUGUUCAUGUCGGUUCAUUUGUCUCACUGCAUAGAACAAUGCGUAGACAUAGACGUCGAAUUCAUCAAGUCACUCCUCAGUCUAUGACUGAAUUCCACUUACAAUUAACAGGAGAAUAUGCGCACUUGUCUAUGAUACAAAAUGAACCAAUAUACUCUGGCAUUGUUGGUGCAACUUUAGAAGAAGGAACCACUUUAUUUUUCAUUUUGCCUGGAAUCAAAAAUUUACUUAGGACUGGUUCUACUUUUUUGUUGGAUGGCACAUUUUCUAGUUCACCAAGUUUUGGAAACGAAUGCCACCAUAUAACAUUUAAUACUGGAUUUCCAAUAGGUUUUGCAUUGAUGUCGAGGAAAACGGAAAGGGCAUACACGGCGCUUUUCAAUAAGAUUUUAAACAUAGUACCAGAGUGGCAACCUCAAACCAUAAUAGUUGAUUUUGAAAGGGCAGCUAUUGCUGCUAUAAGAACAAUGUUUCCAAAUACCACUAUUAGAGGCUGUUGGUUUCAUUCCUCCCAAGCGGAUUGA